UGGAUGAAAAGUCUGCACAUCUGCGCUCCGCGUCCUGAGUCGGAGAACAGCUGGACGCACGCAUGAUCUCACUCGUCAUCUUUAGUGACUUUUCAGUUUCUCCAAAAAAACAUUUUUACCUUGUGAUAUAUUUAUAGUUUUUGACAUUUUUUUUAUUGUUAUUUUUUUCUGGAGACUGGAAAAACGCGCAGAGGCAGCAGAAGCUCGAAAUUGGCAUUUUACGCGCCCUCAGCGAAUUUUUGCCCAAAUGCAGGUGGAUCGGCGCUGUGUGUUUUCCCGUGCGUGGUGUCUGCUGAUACUUUUGUUAACUCUGAAUAUCGGAGUUAACGAGGUGGGAGGCACCCACCAAAGCAUCCCCCCAUCCGUGGUGAAGCUGUGGGCUUCAGCGUUUGGUGGGGAGAUGAAGUCCAUUUCUGCAAAGUACUCUGGUUCACAGCUUCUGCAGAAGAAAUAUAAAGAGUUUGAACGAGCUGUGCAGGUGGAAGAGAUUGAUGGACUGCAAUUGGUAAAAAGACUGGCUGAAGACAUGGAGGAGAUGUUUCACAAGAAAGCUGAGGCCAUGGAGAGGCUGGUGGUGGCGGCUGAGGAAGCCCACCUACAGCAUGAGGAGGAUCCAAACUUACAGUAUGAAUACUUCAAUGCAGUGUUGAUCAACGAGGUGGAUGAGGAGGGAAACAGUGUGGAGCUCGGUGGAGAAUUCAUCCUGCAGCCGAAUGACCACUUUAACAAUCUGUCAGUUAACCUCAGUCUCAGUGUGGUCCAAGUGCCCACCAACAUGUAUAACAAAGACUCUGCGAUUGUCAACAGCGUAUACUGGUCUGAGGCCUUGAACAAAGUGUUUGUGGAUAACUUUGAAAGAGACCCGUCACUCAUAUGGCAGUACUUCGGCAGUGCCAAAGGCUUUUUCCGGCAGUAUCCAGGGAUCAAAUGGAAGCCCGACGAGCACGGGGUCAUAGCGUUUGACUGUCGGAACCGGAAGUGGUACAUCCAGGCAGCCACCUCUCCAAAGGAUGUCGUGAUCUUAGUGGACGUCAGCGGCAGCAUGAAAGGCCUCAGACUGACCAUCGCUAGGCAAACUGUGUCAUCCAUCCUGGACACGCUCGGAGAUGAUGACUUCUUCAACAUAAUUGCUUACAAUGAAGAAUUGCAUUAUGUUGAGCCAUGCCUGAAUGGAACUUUGGUCCAAGCAGAUGUCACCAACAAAGAUCAUUUCCGGGAGCACCUUGACAAGCUGUUUGCUCAAGGCAUCGGCAUGUUAGAUGUUGCUCUGACUGAGGCUUUCAAUCUCCUUAGUGACUUUAAUGAAACCGGGAGGGGUAGUGUUUGUAGCCAGGCCAUUAUGUUGGUGACAGAUGGGGCAGUGGACACAUACGAUGCCAUCUUUGCCAAGUAUAAUUGGCCAGAGCGGAAGGUCCGCAUAUUUCCCUACCUGAUUGGUCGUGAGUCAGCCUUUGCAGAUAAUCUGAAAUGGAUGGCAUGUGCUAACAAAGGCUACUUCACUCAGAUCUCCACUUUAGCCGAUGUGCAAGAGAAUGUGAUGGAGUAUCUCCACGUGCUGAGUCGGCCAAAGGUGAUCGACCGGGAGCACGACACAGUUUGGACUGAGGCUUACAUCGAUAGCACUCUCCCGCAAGCCCAAAAGUUGGAAGAUGGUCAGGGUCCAGUUCUAAUGACCACAGUGGCCAUGCCAGUGUUCAGCACCAAAAAUGAGACAAGGAACCGUGGCAUCCUGCUUGGGGUGGUCGGGACAGAUGUCCCCGUCUCUGAGCUGCUGAAGACCAUCCCCAAAUAUAAGCUGGGCAUUCACGGAUAUGCCUUUGCCAUCACCAACAAUGGCUACAUCCUCACCCACCCAGAUCUGCGACCACUUUACGGUGAUGGUAAGAAGAGAAGGAAGCCAAACUACAGCAGUGUGGAUUUGUCUGAGGUGGAAUGGGAGGACAAGGAUGACACGCUGAGAAAUGCCAUGGUCAACAGGAAGACAGGGACCUUCUCCAUGGAGGUGACAAAGAGUGUUGACAAAGGGAAACGAGUGCUGGUAUUGCAUAAUGAUUAUUACUACACAGACAUCAAGGGGACGCCUUUCAGUUUGGGGGUCGCUCUUUCCAGAGGUCAUGGGAAGUUCUUCUUCAAAGGGAAUGUCACAGUGGAGGAAGGACUUCAUGACUUGGAGCAUCCUGAUGUGGCACUGGCAGAUGAAUGGACAUACUGCAACACAGACGAGCACCCAGAGCACCGCUACCUGUCCCAGAUCGAAGCAAUCAAACUGUAUCUCAGUGGACAUGAGCCUCUCCUGCACUGUGACAAGGAGCUGAUUCAAGAGGUCCUCUUUGAUGCUGUGGUGACCGCUCCUUUGGAGGCUUACUGGACGAGUCUUGUGCUCAAUAAGUCUGAGAACUCGGAUAAAGGGGUGGAGAUUGCCUACCUGGGCACAAGGACAGGUCUGUCCCGAACUAACCUGUUUGUGGUGCCUGAUGAGCUCACCAACCAAGAUGUCCUGACAGCUGAAGAUAAAGAGGGGGUGUUCAAUGCAGAUCACUUUCCUCUGUGGUACAAGAGAGCAGCAGAACAAGUCGCUGGCACCUUUGUCUAUUCUUUGCCUUUCAACACAGGAUCAGAUAACAAGAGCGUUGUGUUGGCCAGCACUGCCAUUCAGCUUCUGGAUGAGAGGAAAUCACCCAUAGCUGCAGCUGUGGGAAUCCAGAUGAAACUGGACUUCUUUCAGAAGAAAUUCUGGACAGCCAGCAGACAGUGUGCAGCGCUGGAUGGGAAAUGUUCCAUAAGCUGUGAUGAUGAGAACAUUAACUGCUAUCUGAUUGACAACAAUGGCUUCAUUUUAGUAGCAGAGGACUAUACUCUGACAGGAAAAUUUUUUGGAGAUGCUGAGGGUGCUGUAAUGAGUAAGCUUCUGCAGAUGGGUUCUUUUAAGAGGGUCACACUGUAUGACUACCAGGCUCUGUGCUGGGUCUAUUCAGAGAGCAGUGACAGUGGACAUACAAUACUCGAUCCGUACUUUGCCUUCUUCUCAGCUGUGAAGUGGAUCCUCACUGAACUUGUCAUAUUCCUGGUGGAGUUUAAUCUGUACAGUUGGUGGUACUCUGACCUCACAGCUAAAGCCCAGAGGGUAGGUCGAACCAUGCAGUUGCCAUGUGACACAGAGUAUCCAGCGUUCAUGUCUGAAAGAACAAUCAAAGAGAACACAGGCAACAUCGACUGCGACGGCUGCAUCAAAUCCUUUGUGAUCCAGCAGAUCCCCAGCAGUAAUCUGUUCAUGGUGGUCGUGGACAACAAGUGUGACUGCAGCAUGUUUGAGCCAAUCACCAUGGAUCCCAUCAAAAUCAUGUAUAAUGAAUCUCUCAAAUGUGAGCGACUGAAGUUGCAAAAGGACAGAAGGCGCCCAGAUACCUGUCACCCUUUUCAUCCAGAGGAGAACUCAAUGGAGUGUGGAGGAGCUGUGUUUCUGACCCCGUCUUUUGCAGCACGACUGCUUUGCGUCCUCCUGGCACUGUUCCCUAGGUGACCGGAGUUGGCCACAUCUCUCCAUCUACUGACUGACUCAGAUCGGCUUGGCUCAGCAUGCAAAAGAAUCUCUACGAGGCCUCAGAUACCAAUAACAAAAUAAAGAUCAUGUCUCCACAAAAGUUGUGUGCAAUUCCAAAGUCCACUUCCCCUACGGCCCUCCAGCUUCCUCCCCGUCAGGUCCUUACUUGGAAGGAUUAACAUCGGAUUGUUUUUGCAGCUGCUAAGUAGUAACCAAUAAGGUGCUUUAGCAGUACGAGAGGAGCUGCACAAAGGGUUUUUAUUUGUUCAAAUUUUAAAAAAAAGAAAAAAAAAGUUUUCUUCUUC